UCCUGGGAUGGUGAGAGAGUCAAACUAUCUGCUGUCCGUCCUCUACAGUAGUUCAUGAGGUUGCACCUGCCUGCCUAACUACACGACUGACUGACUGACUGACUGACUGACUGACUGACUGACUGACCGUUUGACUUGCUCUAGGACUGUGUUGAGAAACGCACCACAGAUCAUGAGUACCGAUCUCUACAACCGGCUCCACUCACAGAGAGGUGAUGAAGAGGCAGUGGUGGACAGAGGAGGCACUCGCUCCAUGCUCAAGGCCAACUUUGAAAAGGAGGAACUUGAAGGUCACAGGACACUGUAUAUUGGGGUGCAUGUCCCCUUGGGGCGGCGGACCCGCAGACGCCAUCGUCACCAUGGCCACAGACACAGGAAAAGGAGCAGAGAGAGAGACGCAGGAGCGGGGGAUGGACGAGAGUCACCUGCAUAUGACACGCCCUCUCAGAGAGUCCAGUUUCUGCUGGGAACUGAGGAUGAUGAUGAAGAACACAUUCCACAUGACCUCUUUACUGAGCUGGAUGAAAUCUGUAUGCGUGAUGGAGAAGAUGCUGAGUGGAGAGAAACAGCCAGAUGGCUGAAGUUUGAGGAAGAUGUGGAGGAUGGAGGGGAGAGAUGGAGUAAGCCCUAUGUGGCCACACUUUCUCUGCAUAGCUUGUUCGAGCUACGCAGCUGCAUUAUCAAUGGCACUGUGCUGCUUGACAUGAGGGCUAGCUCUUUGGAGGAGAUUGCAGACAUGGUGCUGGACCAGCAGGAAGCAUUGGGAGAGCUUGAUGAAGAGCUGAGGAAGAAGGUCCGUGAAGCUCUGCUCAAGCAACACCAUCAUCAGAACCAGAAAAAACUGGCCAACCGCAUCCCCAUAGUGCGCUCCUUCGCUGACAUUGGCAAGAAGCAGUCAGAACCAAACUCUAUGGACAAAAACGGUGGUUCAUCUUUCUGUUCAGCCCUUAAUUCUUCUCUUUGGGGUUCAUUUAACUCUGAUGCGAGGUGCACGCAGGCAUCUUCCUGCUCGCCGUGCUGGCCUUGGUGCUGCCCUUCCAGAGUGUCCAUCUCCUCUCCACUCCCUGACUCAUCCUCCACCUCCACCCAGCCAGCCCCCACGCCCUACCGAGCUCACACACACAGCCCACACCUCUCCUAUUCUCUGCAGUCAGAAGACCACCCGGACCCAGGCCAGAUGAUAUCCCCCCAGGCUCAGCCCAGUGCCCCUGAGCUCAAGCCAGAGGUCAGCAGAGAGAAUAGCACAGUGGAUUUCAGUAAGAUAGACCUUCACUUCAUGAAGAAGAUUCCUGCUGGAGCUGAAGCCUCAAACAUCCUGGUAGGAGAGCUGGAGUUCCUAGAGAAGCCAGUGGUGGCAUUUGUGCGUCUCUCUCCUGCUGUCCUUCUCAAUGGCCUAGCAGAGGUCCCCAUAACCACCAGGUUCCUCUUCAUUCUCCUGGGGCCUCUGGGUAAAGGACCACAGUAUCAUGAGAUUGGCAGGUCCAUUGCAACCUUAAUGACUGAUGAGGUUUUCCAUGAUGUUGCAUAUAAAGCCAAGGACCGCAAUGAUCUGGUGGCUGGAAUCGAUGAGUUCCUCGACCAAGUAACAGUCCUGCCACCUGGAGAAUGGGACCCAUCCAUUAGAAUUGAGCCUCCGAAAAACGUCCCUUCUCAGGAGAAGAGAAAAAUCCCUGCUGUCCCCAAUGGAGAGCUGGCAGAGACUGAGGAACAUGGGGGGCAUGGAGGCCCUGAGCUACAGCGCACCGGGAGGUUUUUUGGUGGGUUUUUCCUGGAUAUAAAGCGCAAAGCACCACACUACCUGUCAGACUACACGGAUGCCAUCAGCCUGCAGUGUGUGGCUUCUUUCCUCUUCCUCUACUGCGCCUGCAUGUCUCCAGUCAUCACUUUUGGAGGCCUGCUGGGGGAGGCCACAGAGGGACGCAUAAGUGCAAUUGAAUCUCUGUUUGGUGCAUCGAUGACUGGAAUUGCCUACUCACUGUUUGCUGGCCAGCCCCUCACAAUUCUCGGCAGCACUGGUCCUGUGUUAGUGUUUGAGAAGAUUUUAUUCAAAUUCUGCAAAGAGUAUGGACUGUCCUACUUGUCCUUGAGGACAUGCAUUGGCCUGUGGACUGCUUUCCUCUGUCUUUUGCUGGUGGCUACAGAUGCCAGCUCACUUGUUUGCUACAUCACUCGCUUUACAGAGGAGGCCUUUGCUUCCCUCAUCUGCAUCAUUUUUAUCUAUGAGGCUCUGGAGAAGCUGAUCCACCUCGGCGAAACUUACCCCAUCAAUAUGAACAACAACCUGGACAAACUCACUACCUACUCGUGUGCAUGUAUUGAGCCAGUCAACCCUAGCAAUGCCACACUACAGUAUUGGGAGCAAAACAACAUAACAGCAUCAGAGAUCUAUUGGGAAGCUCUGGAGGUGCAGGACUGUAUAGAGAAGAAAGGAGUGUUUGUGGGCUCAGCGUGUGGACCCCAUGGGCCAUACAUCCCUGAUGUUCUCUUUUGGUCUGUCGUUCUCUUCUUCUCCACUGUGGCCAUGUCUGCUUUCCUUAAAGAAUUCAAGACCAGUCGCUACUUCCCCACCAAGGUUAGAGCAAUCAUCAGUGAUUUUGCUGUUUUUAUUACCAUUCUCACCAUGGUUCUGGUGGACUAUGCUAUAGGGGUGCCCUCACCUAAAUUGCAGGUCCCUAACAAGUUUAAGCCGACACGAGAUGACCGAGGUUGGCUUAUUAACCCUUUGGGCCCGAACCCUUGGUGGACGUGCAUUGUCACGGUGGUCCCAGCACUUCUCUGUACCAUCCUCAUCUUCAUGGACCAGCAGAUCACUGCUGUCAUCAUCAACAGGAAAGAACACAAACUCAAGAAAGGCUGUGGUUACCACCUGGAUCUGUUUGUGGUGGGCGUGAUGCUGGGGGUAUGCUCAGUGAUGGGACUGCCGUGGUUUGUGGCAGCUACAGUUCUGUCCAUUACACACGUGAACAGCCUGAAACUGGAGUCAGAAAGCUCAGCUCCAGGAGAGCAACCCAAGUUUCUGGGCAUCAGAGAGCAGCGCUUCACCGGCCUCAUGAUCUUCCUCCUCAUGGGCUGCUCUGUCUUCAUGACAUCUGUCCUUAAGUUUAUCCCCAUGCCUGUGCUCUAUGGAGUGUUCCUCUACAUGGGAGCAUCUUCACUACGAGGAAUACAGUUCUUCGAUAGGUUGAGGCUGUUUGGGAUGCCUGCUAAGCACCAGCCAGACUUUAUCUACCUGAGGCAUGUACCUCUGCGGAAGGUCCACCUGUUCACUGUCAUACAACUCAGUUGCCUGGUGCUCCUGUGGAUCAUCAAAACCUCCCGUGCAGCCAUCGUCUUUCCAAUGAUGGUUCUUGCUUUGGUGUUCAUCCGGAAACUGAUGGAUUUUAUCUUCACUAAGCGUGAGCUGAGCUGGCUGGAUGACCUAAUGCCAGAAAGUAAAAAGAAGAAACUAGAAGAUGCUGAAAAAGAGGAGGAGCAAAGUAUUCUGGCAGAGGAAGAAGGAGUAGUACAAGUGCCAUUGGAGGCACAUUACAAGGAUGAUCCUUCCUCUGUGAAUAUUACUGAUGAGAUGUCCAAAGCCUCCUUUGGAAAUACUUGGAGGACUGUCAAUUCUGACACCUCAAAAACUGAUCCGACUACAAAAAGUUGCUGAGCAGUAAAGUCUGUCCAGCAGCAGUGGGACAAUGAAGCAUCAGAGGAAAGCAUCAGGCCUCUGACCUGUAUCUCCUUCACUGUGCUCUCUGACAUACACAAACACUAUAUCAUGUGCCACAUGUUUCUACUCCUUUUCGUCUUGUCCAGUGUGUCUCUGUGUUUGUUUAGUUUUCAGCAGUGCUAUAGUAGAAUCUUUGUAGUUCAUAAUUACACUAUGUGUGUUUAAAAAAGUUCCUCUGCAGUAAGACUUUAUAUUUUCAGUUUCUGUUUAAUAAUGUAAAGUAAAUACCAGCAAACGAAGGCCAGAGACGAUGAUUGUGCUUGUGUGAAAGGUACGCAGGGUGUUGGAAAACUUAGAAACUAUUUUAAGACUACUGUUGAUUUUAAAUAAACUCAUAGGUAUUUUAUAUGUUUUGUAUUUUUGAAAAGCUACAAUAUUAAUGUUAUUGUACAAAGUUAAACGGACGUAUAAAAGCUGAAAUAAUUAUUAAGAAGAUUAUAGUCUUUAUUGUAUUUAAGCUCUACAUGAUCAAUAGUAGAUUCAAUCAACGAACAACUAUAUUACAGUUGGGACUGUAUGCAUGCAUUCCUUAAUAUAAAUUCUAGAUGUAUCAGCUAUGUUAUUACAUUUUUUUGGUUCUUUCUUUUGGAAGUGAAAUAAAUGGCAGAAUUUCAUUUUGAUAUUACCUCAGCUUUUAGACAGUAGAGGCUAAAAUCAUUACAUUGCAGUUUUAAAAGCAAGCUUUCAUCAUUUUAAACAUAGAUUUACAAUUGUUUCAGCUGAGAAUGCUGCUUGAUUUAAAGCCUAUAUAUGAUUUCUGUUGGUCUAUGUAAAGUCUUUUGAGGCUAUUUGUUGAUACUCUCACUAUGCCAAAGUCCAGAUCCAUAUCCCUGCUAGCUGGGACAGUAUGCAUCUCUGCAUAAACAUAAACACUUUGACUUUUCUCAUCAACAGUAUUUUACAAUCACACGCUGAAGCUUUAGCUUUUUAUCAUGUCAAUCAGAACAGAUUCUGAAGGGCAUUUGUCUACAGGUCGUAUUCUACAGCUCAAGGUAUUGUUCAUACUUGAAAGUGUCUAUCAAGGGCAUAAAAUAACGGCCUUUGAGAAUAAAUGCAAUAGUAUUCUAGAAGGGCAAAAUAGAUCAUAUAGAAAACUAUUUUUUGGAAGGUUUAUUAUGUAGACUUUCUUUGUAUAUAGUUGCACCUUUUGAGUUCUUACACCUAUAGACUUUAUGAUUUUUCCUAAAAGAAAAGAAAUCAAAAUUAUAGUCCUUUAUAAGGUCUCAUGUUGAUAUGAUUUUGUCUUGUUUUGAUCUGAGGAGUCAUGGAAUCAAAGGCUACAGUGGUAGUAUUUGGAGAAGCCUGUAUAACACUAUUUUUCCAGCCAAUGUUUCUUUGUUCACUAAAAUGUAUUAGUUAUGGUUUUGAUGGAACUUUGACAUAUGUCCAUGCUCUUUUAAUGUACUGUUUAUGUUAAUGAAUGUGUGUCUAAUAAAUAUCUCUAUAACCUCUGA